AUGGAUGUUGUUUUAAGAAUAAGAAAAGAAAAUGCUGUACAUUUCAGAGGAUAUCCAGGUAAUAUUUUGACUCCUUGUGAAGAUGAAGACAGUGUUAAAUGGAGCUUUAUCAAUGCAUUGAAAGAGGUUAGGUGGGAAUCAUCUGUUCUUUUGGAUGUAAAGCCUUGGGAUGAUGAGAUAGACAUGAAGAAGCUGGAAAAGGAUGUUCGUAGUGCUGAGUUGCUUGGCCUAUUGUGGGGAGCAUCAAAAUUGGUUGAGGUUGGAUAUGGAAUUAAGAAACAGCAGAUCAUGAUGACCAUAGUUGACGAUCUCGUCUCUGUUGAUGAUCUCAUUGAGGAGCGUCACAACCAAGCCUAUCAAUGA